AUGCUAACGGGGAACCAGAGGCCGGUUCUGACCGGGGUCUGUGGACAGAGAGCUCCGCCCCCCCGGUGUGGCCAGCUUUCCCCCCGGGCUCCCACAGGCUCUUUUCAGCCCGGCAUCCCGAUCCCUCUCCAACUCAGGACCUGGAAACCUGAAACUCACCGCCCAAUCAGAGAGGAAGAGUCCGACUUUCACACGUUUUCUGCUCAACAAGUGGGGAUGAGCCGGUGGGCGGUGCUGUUGUCUCUGUGCGUGGGCGUGGCCUCGGCCAGCCUGGACCACGCCCACCAGGACCCGGCCGUCACGGACCCCGAGGACGUGCUGAGCGUGAGCGUCCCCCUGGAGGCGCCACAGCGCCCCCCGCUGGGGGGGGAGCUGCUGCUGCCCUGCUUCUUCCAGGUGGGCCGGGUUAGCAUUAGCAUGCGUGGUGUUCCACUACCGGCCGGCGUCGGGCCGCUACUCUCUGAGCUUUACUUGCCCAAUAACAUCCAGACGCCAUGCGUGGUGUUCCACUACCGGCCGGCGUCGGGCCGCUACUCUCUGAGCUUCGCGGCGGCGGCGGCGGCGUGCCGGCGGAACAGCGGCGCCCUGGCGUCCCCAGAGCAGCUGCAGGCCGCCUUCCACCACGGCCUGCACCAGUGUGACGCCGGCUGGCUGUCCGACCGCACCGUCAGGUACCCGAUCCAGGAUCCCCGCGUGAACUGCUACGGAGACAAAGAAAUGCUCCCGGGCGUGAGGACCUACGGCCUGAGGGACCCCACAGAGACCUACGACGUCUACUGCUUUAUAGAGAAGAUGACCGCUGAUGUUUUGCUUAUUGCAAAUGAAACUGGGCUGAACGUCACAGACAUCCAGCAGGCUCUGCUGAAUCGCUCCUCAGUCACCGAUUUGCUGAGAUCUGGUGUUCCCCCCAUCGCUCCUCCGGUCCGUGUGGAUGUUUCUGGAUCACACCUGGAGAGGAUAAAACAUCUGGUUCUAGAGAUCAGAUCACACCUGGAGAGAAUAAAACAUCUGGUUCUAGAGAGCAGAUCACACCUGGAGAUAAAACAUCUGGUUCUGGAGAUCAGAUCACACCUGGAAAGGAUAAAACAUCUGGUUCUGGAGAUCAUAUCACAUCUGGAAAUGAUCAGACAUCUGGUUCUGGAGACCAGAUCACAUCUGGAGAGGAUAAAACAUCUGGUUCUGGAGAUAAGAUGA